CUUAGCGGCUAUUUCAGAAGUUCCCUACUCUCGUGAUCUCCUAGUGGUACUUCCCACUUCCCCUCUGUUCAUCGACCACCCUGCGAAAUAAUUUGGCAAGAGUAUGGAUGGGCCGAGGCGGGUCGUGAUCGGCCCGACGACCCUGGCUGCCAUUUUUUUGGCUUUGAUGCUUCUGGUGAUCUCUGUGGCUGGGCGGGUUGUGGAGGAUAGACGGCGGUGGGUUGCAGGGACGAGGAGGGGGAGUUUCGUCUUGGAUAAUGGCCUUGGCCGAACUCCUCCGAUGGGGUGGAAUAGUUGGAAUCAUUUUCAGUGCAAAAUCGACGAGAAGAUGAUUAGGGAAACUGCUGAUGCCUUGGUUUCAACUGGUCUAGCAUCAUUGGGCUACAAGUACGUAAAUUUAGAUGAUUGCUGGGGUGAAUCAAUUAGGGAUUCCCAGGGUAAUUUAGUCCCAAAAUCAUCAACAUUUCCCUCAGGCAUCAAGUCCCUUGCAGACUAUCUUCAUGAAAAGGGCCUCAAGCUUGGAAUCUACAGUGAUGCUGGGACUCAAACAUGCUCGAAGACUAUGCCGGGAUCACUAGGACAUGAGCAGCAAGAUGCCAGUACCUUUGCUUCGUGGGAAGUGGACUAUUUGAAAUAUGACAACUGCAACAAUCAGAAUGUCGACCUGAAAGAAAGGUACAAGAAUAUGAGCCAAGCUCUUUUGAAUUCAGGGAGGAACAUCUUCUUUUCAUUGUGUGAAUGGGGCCAAGAAGACCCUGCAACCUGGGCUGGCAGUGUAGGAAAUAGCUGGAGGACAACCGGUGACAUUGAAGACAAGUGGGACAGCAUGACUUCUCGGGCCGAUCUAAAUGACAAAUGGGCUUCAUAUGCAGGACCAGGAGGAUGGAAUGACCCUGACAUGCUCGAAGUAGGAAAUGGUGGCAUGACAACUGAAGAAUAUCGAUCACAUUUCAGUAUAUGGGCAUUGGCUAAGGCUCCUUUGCUUAUUGGAUGUGAUGUGCGCUCUAUGAGUAAUGAGACUUUCUCAAUACUAAGCAACUCAGAGGUCAUUGCUGUUAACCAAGAUAAGCUUGGAGUUCAAGGGAAGAAAGUAAAAUCUAACGGCAACAUUGAGGUUUGGGCUGGUCCUCUCAGUGGAGGGAAGGUAGCUGUUGUUCUAUGGAACAGAGGAUCAUCUCAGACAUCCAUUACCGUAAACUGGGCUGAUAUUGGUCUGAAUUCAUCAACUAUUGUUGAUGCUCGUGAUCUAUGGGAGCAUUCAAAUACUUCUGUUGAAGGGAAUUUGACUGCCACUGCUGCUUCUCAUGCCUGCAAGAUGUAUGUGCUGACACCAAAAUGAUGGAUUAUGUUCAGACUUUCAAAAUUCAAUCAUAAUUUAAUUUUAUCAUUAGAGUUUGUUCAUACACUAACUAUAUUAUUGUUAAAAUAAUACUGGGUGUGCAUGUCUUAGAGUUUAUGAUUUUAUA